AUGGCGCGUACAGACGAGGCCGAGUGGUGGUUCAACGCAGUGUACGAGGCCGUCCAGCAGAUCCCCCACGGCAAAGUAACCUCUUACGGCCAUAUUGCUCGCCUGCUAGGAUGUCCUCAGCGGCCUCGACAGGUUGGGAUCUGCCUCAAACACCUGCCGUCGAGUACGGAGGAGUUUUACAAUAACGACAAUGUGCCGUGGCAGCGGGUUAUCAAUUCGAAGGGGAUGAUUUCUCAUCGAGGCCCAGGCUCGGCAGCUAGACAAGCAGCAGCCCUCGAGCUAGAGGGCAUUACUGUACGGUCCGAUGCCAUGAACGAGUUCUACAUCGAUAUGGCGCAAUUCGGAUGGUUUCCGGAUCGGCUACCCAAUGAAGAGAACGAGGAGGAGGGUGGUCCGGAGACUCCCGACGUUGGAGAUGGGGAUAGAGAUCAAGGAUAG